CUCUGGCGCAUCUCGCCUGCGCAGCGGCCGCCACCCCCCUUCUCGUCCUCUCCUCGCCGCCGCCGUUUGGGUCCUCCGGGCAAAGCCCCCGCGCGGAUCCGGCGACGGCAGGGCCUCUGGCACGCUGGAGCUGCUCGGCUGCGAGCGGGGGCACGGUGAGGUGGGCCAGGGAGACGGUGGCCUCGGCCGCCACAAGGACGAGCACGCGAGCGCGCGCACGCGCCGCCCGAGCCCAGGAUGGGGCGAGGCGUCGCGGCGGGCGUUGGCGUUCGCGCCGCCGAAGCCCAGGAAUGGGGAAUGGGGCGAUGCAUCGCGGCGGAGGACGAUAAGGUGGCCGGCGUGCUCGCUUUGUGCGAGGCGUCGCGGCGGAGGACGAUAUGGCGGCCGGCGUGACCACCAUCGGGUGGGAAGAGGAGGAACGGCCAGCGGCGGGGCGAGGCCAAGCCCCAGCCCAGCCCUUGCCUGGGCGCUCUGAGAUCCCCAGCAGCAACAAGAAGCCCAGCGCUAGACCGGCCAGGGACAGUAAGGCUCGCCCAGCGGCGGAAGAGGGGCAGGGGCCACCGGGCCAGGAGAUUGAGUUGAGGAACCAGCAGCCGGAGAAGCCGAAGCGGGGGGUGCGGUGGCGGUGCUCGACGGGGUGCGGCGCCUGCUGCAAGCUAGACAAGGGCCCCGAGUUCCUCACCCCCGACAAGGACAAGGCGGACGGGGCUGACCACCUCCAGCUGUACAAGAGCAUGAUUGGCCCCGAUGGAUAGUGCACCAACUAUGACAAGUCCAACCGAACCUGCAACAUCUACGAAG